AUGAACAAACGGCAUACUCUGGUGGUAGUCUUUCUCGCAUUUCUUUUCGCCUUUGUAUCUCCAGGAAUUGUUUCAAGACCAAUGGGUGAAAAACACCCUAAUCCACCUGAAAUAGCCCAAGUUCACAAUCCUUUGGUGGGAAAAAGAAGCCUCGAAUCCAUGGUGGCCAAUCAAAUUUUCAAGCAAGCCUUGAGGAGUGCUUUACCGGGAUCCGGUAGGAGACGUGGUCGUGGAAGAAGGUCAUCGAGGCGUCAAUGGAAUGGGAAUAUGGUCCGAUAUGGAUGA